UAUCAACCUAGAUUUUCUUAUCGUAGAAGGUCAGCGAUUGGGUCAAACAUACUGAUAAUGUCUAUAGUUCUUUUAACUUCCUUGUGGUAGAAACAGGUUAUGGCAUCAUCAAAUAGUACAUUAUGUGGUGUAUGUGAAUGUCAGCACUUGACGACAGAAGCCACAUUCUGGUGUCCUGAAUGUGAUGAAGGUUUGUGUUCGACAUGCUUAAAGUAUGACAAUGCUUCCAAAUCGACGAGAAAUCAUGAGGUCAUCUCUGUCGAUAACUACAGGCAGCUACCGUCAUUUGUAGCCAGCGUACAACAAUACUGUUCCGACCACGAAAAAAAGUACCAACUUUACUGUUUACAACACGAAAGUCCAUGUUGCCCUCAUUGUGUUACAACUACUCACAAGAAAUGCAACUUAAUGGCACUCGAUGAAAUUGUUAAAACCUCCAAAACGUCCGCGUCAUUUGACAAUUUAGAACAAAGUCUGAACGACUUAAAAGAAAAUAUAAAAAGAAUAACAAAAGACAGAGAACACAAUUUAUCAAAAGUUCAACAGAGAAGAAGGAAAAUACAUUCUGAAAUACAGACGAUGCGCGACAAAUUAAACAAACAUCUAGACAGUAUCGAACAAAAGAUACUACAGGAUUUAGAUGAUGUUGAAAAGGGAGUAAGCUCAGAGAUACAACGUAUUCAUACUAAGCUUCUCGAUUACACAAAACCCAUAGAAGAGCUAGAAAGGAAUGUUUCAGCCAUUAAGAAGUAUGCAUCUGAACUGCAGAUUUUUGUUGGAAUGAAGAAGAUAGAGACGGAUAUAGAGCAUGCAGAAAAGUUGAUGGUGUCAUUGCUGGAAGAUGGAAGUCUACAACAAGUUGAUAUCAAUUUUAAAGAGGAUCACAAAAUGUCCGACAUAUUAUCCAUUGCAGAAUAUGGAAAGAUAUCUCGCAUUACCAGUUCCCCUACGGUUACCAUGAAAACUGAGAAAAAUAAACAAGCCCAAUACUUGGUAGCCUCUCCCAUCGCAACGAAAACUAUUGAUGAUAUUAACCUUUCUUCACAUAAAAAGCUUAAAAUCCCUGAAGAAAAUAAAACAAGUAAGUUUACAGGGUGUACAAUCACACCUACAGGUAACAUUGUUCUUGUGGACUAUAAGUAUGGCCAUGUAUUUAUCCUUAACGAAAAUGAGUCAUUAGAAUGUAAGAAAAAAGUAACAAAUAAACCUGCAGAUGUCAGUUGUAUUGAUGACCGAACGAUUGCAAUUUCCUAUAACUAUUAUCCAUUUCAAAUCGAGAUAAUAAACAUAUCGUCUAAGCAAACGGAGAAACUAAUCAACACUUCAAGUAUGUGUUAUGGUAUAACAAAUGGACAAAGAAAGCUGAUAUAUUGCUUAUACGGGAAAGGUAUUAUGUCAGUAGAUUUUACUGGUGACGAUGUUUCCACGAUAGUCAAACAACCAGAAAUGACUGUUUGGAAUUAUGUAACAGCUUCUGGAGAUAAACUUUAUCGUACAAAUCCUGUAACUGACACCGUCACAUGUUACAACACCACAGGAGAGAAGGUUUGGGAAUACAACGAUAAAUCAGUUUUGAAGGAUAUACGUGGUGUUACUACUGACAAGAACGACAAUGUUUACGUUGCAUGCAAAGGGAAUAGUAGUAUUGUGGUUCUGUCAUUCGAUGGAAAACAUGCAAGACGUCUUAUAGGGGAAGAGGAUGGUUUAAAUCAGCCGCAUGGUAUUUACCUUGACAAAACCAGAAACAACCUGCUUAUAGCGUGUUUUAAUGGGGACGUUCAUAUGUAUAAGGGGUCGUAAGAAAUCUUUCAACUUUGAUUUCCAACAUUAAUCGUAUACUUCGAAACCUGCUUGAUGAUUGCAAACUCUUCUUAUGGAUAUAUAUACCAAAAGCCCAUAUUGAUAAAACAAAUUUGAGAAAUUCAUUUUAAAAUUAUAAAUCAUGCUAUUCA